AUGUGCUGCCGCUGGGUCGAGUCCCGGACGCGGUGUUCGCAAUCGCAGCAAGGACACCACCCACCGUGGCACCGCGCGUGUUCCUCCCCUGACCUCUCCUGGGGCGCCCACGUGCCGUUCUCCGAGCAGGACGGGCGCACGGCGCUGCACGUCGCAGCCGCACAGUCCAGGGACGAGAUGGUGAAGUGUCUGCUGCUCAAGAAAGCCGACCCCAAUCUCACUGGAGGGCCCAGCGAGCAGCUGCCCCUGCACAUGGCGGCCUCCAGACCCUCGGGUGCCAUCGCCAUCGUGCAGAUGCUGCUCAAGUCGAUGGGCAGGGACGCGCGCCUCGCUCACGACGAGGAGGGGCGACUGCCGCUGCUGCUCGCGGUGGAGGCCGGCAACCUGGCCGUGUGCAGGGAGCUGCUCGCCUCCGCGACCGACGCGCAGGUCACAGCCUGCUGGAAGGGGAGCGGAGACACUGCCCUGCACGUCGCUUGCAAGAGGAGGGAUCACGAGGUGGCGCGGCUCCUCGUCGAAGCAGGCGCCCAGACCGACGUCCAGAACGACGAGGGCUUCACUCCGUUGCACGUCUCUGCCUGGGAGGGCGAUGAGGCAAUGCUGAAGUUGUUCUACAACAUCACCAGCGCUGACCCCAACAUCACCGACAAGCUGGACCGCUCACCGCUGCACAUCGCCGCCGAGCGCGGCCACACGAGCGUGGUGGAGGUGCUGACUGACAAAUUCAAAUCGGACGUCAUGGCCAGGACCAAGGACGGCAGCACCCUGAUGCACAUCGCCUCGCAGUGCGGCCACCCCGACACGGCGCUCGCCUUCCUCAAGAAGGGGGUCCCCCUGCAGAUGCCCAACAAGAAGGGCGCCCCGCCGGACGCCCGCGCCAAGGACGGCCACACGGCGCUGCACGCCGCCACGCUCCACUGCCGCCCCCUCGCCGUGCAGGCGCUGCUCGGGUUCGGGGCACAGGUGCAGCUCACGGGGGGGCCGGCGCAGGAGACGCCGCUGCACAUCGCGGCCCGGGUGCCCGAGGGGGAGAAGGUGGCCGAGAUGCUGCUCAAGAGCGGCGCCAACGUCAACGCCGUUCAGAAGGACGGGCAGACGGCUUUGCACGUGUCCGCCCGGCACGGACACCUCAAGAUGCUGCAGGCUCUGCUGGAGGAGGGAGGAGACCUCACCUGCCUCUCGAAGGCCGGUGAGGGAGUCCUCCACGUGGCGGUGCGUCACGGCCACGUGGCCCUGGUGCGCGAGAUCCUGCGAGUCUUCUCCGCCGAUCCGCGCCGAUUCCAAGCCACGGCGCUCGUCAACCAGGCCAACGAGGAGGGAGAGACGCCGCUGCACUUCGCUGUCGAGCUGCCGGGGCCGGCGGGUGGCGGGGAGGUCGCACGCCUCCUCCUGCAGCACGUCGCAGACCCCGCCGCACACACGCACCUGACUGGGGAGACGCCGAUGCACUACGGCGCUCGAGCCGGCAGGGUGGCCGCUCUGACGGAGAUCCUGAACCACGUCGGUCCAAACGGCGCCCAGAGGGCCCUCAACCGGCAGGCCAAGAACGGAUGGACACCUCUCAUGGUGGCCGUCGAGGAGGGGCGCCUGGAGGUCGUGAAUCUUCUGCUGGAGAACCACGCGAGAGUGGACGUCUUCGACGAGCACGGCAAGGCGGCGCUGCACCUGGCGGCGGAGUCGGGCCGCGACGGCGUGGCGGGGGAGCUGCUGCGGCGCGGCGCCUUCGCCAACGCCAAGAGCAAGCUGGGCCACACGCCGUUGCACGCGGCCGCGGGAGCGGGCCACGCGGCCCUCGUGCUGCUGCUCGCGCGGACGCACGGCGCCGCCGUGGACGCGCUCACGCUGCGGAGGAGGACGCCGCUGCACCUGGCCGCGUCGAGCGGGCAGCUGGACGUGUGCAGGACCCUGCUGCAGCUGAAGGCCGACGUGAACGCCGCCGACGACGGUGGGCAGACAGCGCUGCACCUUGCCGCUGACAACGGCCACCCGUCGGUGGUGGCGCUGUUCGUGGAGCGGCACCCCGCGCUGGUGGCCGUGGCGGACGGGCGAGGCCGCACGUGCGCGCACAUCGCGGCCGCCAGGGGCAGCGCCCCCGUGCUGCGCCAGCUGCUGCGGCACCACCGCCCCGGAGUGACGGCCGUGCGGAGCCAGGCGAGCGGGUCGACCCCCCUCCAGCUGGCCGCCGCCGGGGGCCACGCCGAGGCCGUGAGAAUCCUCCUGGAGGCCGGAGCCUCCCCCGCUGCUGAAGACUCCGAGGGCAUGGCGGCCAUUCACCUCGCAGCAAAGCACGGGCACACCGGCGUGCUGGAAGCUCUGAAGCAAAGAUUUCCGUUCAAUGUGACCAGCACCAAGACCGGCUUCACGGCGCUCCACGUCGCCGCGCGCUUUGGGCAGGUCGACUUUGCUCGGGAGAUGCUGGCGAGCGUCCCGGCCGCCACGGAGAGCGCGCGCCCGAGCCCCGUCAACGUCGCCGCCGGCAGAGACGCAGUUCCAGAGAGCGGCCUCACUCCGCUUCACCUGGCGGCUCAGGCCGGCCACGAGGGCCUCGUGCGGCUCCUGCUCAACCACCCGAGCACGCCGGAGGACUUGCAGGCCGGCCCGCAGGCAGGUCCUGCCACAACAGCGCUCACGACAACGAUGAAGGCCACGACGCCGCUGCACCUCGCCUGCCAGGGCGGCCACGCGGCCGUGGCGGGGCUGCUGCUGAGCCGCGCUGCGCUGCCGCUGCUGCGCACGCCCGACCAGCGUGGACACUCGUGCCUGCACCUCGCCGCCACCGCCGGCCACGUGGAGACGCUGAGGCUCCUGCUGGGCCAGGGCGCCGACAUCAAUGCCACCGACAAGAGCGGCUGCACCCCGCUGCACGUGGCCGCCCGAGCCGGCCGCCUCCCCGCGGUGCGCGCGUUGCUGGAGAGCGGUGCGGCCGGCUCGGCCGAGUGUCGUGACGGCCACACGGCCCUCGAGCACGCGGCCGGCGGGGGCCACCGCCAUGUGCUGGCGUUUCUGCUGCGCCACUCGACCCCCGCCACCCAGCGCCUCAUCCACAACCGCAGGUUCGUGUACGACCUGGUGGUGUGCGGGCAGCAGUGCGAGUUCCGCGUCAUCGACGACUUCGUGCUGCUGGCGCCCGCGCCACUGGAGGCGGCGGUGAAGCUGACGCGGGCGCUCGGCGCGGCCGCCCUGCGCGAGAAGGAGCGCUCCGUCGACCUCGAGCUGGCAGCGCGCCACUGCCAGGCACUGGCCACGGACCUGCUGUCGCUUGCCGUGGGUUCGCAGAGCGCCGGCGCCGCCGCGCUGCUGCAGGCCGUGGACGAGCGCGGCCUCUCGCUGCUCGACGUCCUCAUCGAGUGCCACCAGCGGGAGGUGGCGGCGCACCCCGCCGUGCAGCACCACCUGAGCGACGUGUGGCGGGGAGGCCUCCGCUGGCCCUCCUGGUGCCUCGCGCUGCUCCUACUCGGAUUCCUCGUCUGCCCACCCCUCUGGGUCGCUUUCUCGCUUCCUCUCGGCCACAGGUUUACUCGGAUCCCGAUCAUCAAGUUCCUGUGCCACCUUGCGUCGCACCUGUUCCUGCUGUCGCUGUUCGUGCUCACGGUGGUGUGGCCUCCUGUGACGCCCAUCGCCGAGGGCCACCUGCUGCCCUCGUGGAACGAGUGGCUCCUGUUCACCUGGCUGCUGGGCCUGCUGCUCGCCGAGUUGCGUCAGGGCCGGCUCGUCGGCCGAGGCAGCGGAGGGUCGCGGUUCGGCCUCGCCUGGAUCCGGCUGCUGGUGCUCGGCUUGUCGGGCUUGGCUCUGCUGUGCCACCUGUCUGCGCUCGCCUUCCCGGCGGGCUCGCACGCUCUGCUCGAGUGCCUCUGCGCACGCAACGUCCUGCUGGCCAAGGCGCUGGCCUUCUGCUGCGUGCAGCUGCUCGACUUCCUCUCCUUCCACCACCUCUUCGGUCCGUGGGCCAUCAUCAUCAGCGACCUCAUGAAGGACCUCGCCAGGUUCGGCAUGGUGCUGGGGAUCUUCCACGUGGCGUUCACGCUGCACCUCACGGCGCUGUGCCAGCCCGUGUACCCGCAGGACGACCCGGUGGGCAACUCGUCGAUGGCGGCGGCGGCGGCGUGGGACCCGACCACGGCGGCGCAGACGACCCUGGACGUCACCGUGCUUCUCUUCUUUUCCCUCUUCGGCAUGGGCGACCAAAACUCCCUGCCGGACGUGAGCCGCUCGCCGUCCAUCGUGUCCACCCUCGUCAACGCCACGUUCGGGGUCUAUCUCAUCGUCACGCUCAUCGUGCUCAUCAACCUGCUCAUCGCCAUGAUGAGCGACACGUACCAGCGCAUCCAGGCGCAGUCCGACACGCAGUGGAAGUUCGGCCGCGCCGUCCUCGUGAGGGAGGCGACGCGUCGCACGUCGCCGCCGGCUCCCCUCAAUGUCGUCACGCAGCUGCUGCGGCAGCUCCGGCGCUGCGCUUGCAGGAAGGGCACUGUCGACUUGCCGAGUGAAUCCCUGGCAGACGGGGGGGAGGAGGUGGACCGACUGUCCAACUCACACUCGAUCGACAUCCCCGUGCACUCCACCGCCAGCUGGCUCCACUGCUUCGCCCGCCGCAGGCCCAAAGUGUCCCCUGCGGAGUCUCGGCGUGUCGGGGAACGCGUCCGUCCAUGCCGAAUCGAGGAUGUGCUGGACUGGAGAGCGGUGGCGCAGCGGUACCGUGCCAUGAAGGGCACGCUGGAAGAAUCCCAGCACCGGAACUUUGAGGACUCGCUACUGCCUACAGCUGCACCACUGUUGUAGAAAUAGCAGGGAAUUUGAGUGUAAAAGUAGGAUCUAGAAGGGGGCGUCGCCGAGGUCGGAUCCAGGCCACGCCCAGGAGCAUCAAGGGGCAGUCCCGAGAGGGUUCUUGGCUCUGUUGGAAUGGAACCCGUCGGUGCGACGUCUCUUCGAUCCUCGGUCUUCGAUGUUACGCUCGGCAUCGUGGGUCAGGCAGUGUGUUGCUGACUGACCCGGUUAUGCAGUUACCCCGUUGUGGUCCAGUUCACCGUGUAGUUAUCACCUCGGUGGAGAUCCAGUGUACGUUUAUGUAGUUAGCCCUGUUGGGGUGUCGUAAUAAACGUGUUGUCUACAAGAACAAGUGUGUGUCUCCGUAGAACCCACUACACAUGCGUUAUUGUUAUUUGAGCUUGUGCUCCACUGCCACCAACGCAAUAUUACACUUUACUCUCUAAAGGGGCCGUCCAUAAAUGACGUCACGCGAUUUUGGACGAUUUUUGACUCCCCCCCCCCCCCUUCGUCACACGGCGUCACAAAAAGUCAGACCCCCCCCUCAAA